AUGUCACCAUCAACGGAGGAAGGUGCCUCACGAGCGAAAGUGGGCUCUGUUAAUUUGAAUCGCCCAACAAGAGGAGCUCUUGUCACAGCAAUUAAAACAGGAAAUUUGGAACUUGUACCAGACACAUUGAAAGGUCUGGCAAAAGAUCAUGAAUUCACAAAAGCAAAACUAAAAAAGAAAGUCUAUUGGAAAAUGAAAAAGGAAAAAGAAAUGCUCAAGAAAUUAAAGAAGAAUCUUAAUAAGGAGCUUGCAUUAGAAAAAAGCAAAGUGAAGAAACACAAGAUGAAGAAUGCCAAAUUCGAAGAUUUAGAUGAAUUCCUCGAUGAAAAAGAAUAUAUCAAAAAUGAAAGAAAGAAGCGAGAAGCACUCAUGACAUUGGAGAAGGAUGAAGUGGCCGAUGAAGUCACCUAUGAUUCUGAUGACUUGCUAGAACAAAAGAGAGAUGAAGUUGCAUUUGGAGAAGUGGCACAAGAGCCUCCUCGACUCACAAAAUUAAGAAGUAAUUUAGAAAAGAAAAUUGAAAAGAAAAAGCAAGAAGAUAUUGAAAUGGAAAGGAGGCGAGAGGCUGAACGAAAAAGAGUCGUGGAAAAUUACAAUAGAAAUAGACUGUUACGACAACAACAAAAAGAGGCUGGUAUUGCUCCAUCCGAUCAGAAUCUCAUGCUCGAAAAGUUAAAGAAUUUGGCAGCUCUUCGGAGUAUGAAAUUAGAGGACAAGUAA